AGAACAGUGUUCAAUGUUUAAUUCAAUGGAAACAGUACUGUAUUGAACAACCAGUUGAAGAACAGUGUGAUUAUGGUGGCCCAAAGGGAGAUCGUGUAUAGUGUGUGAUGUACGAGUUUUGCGAUUUCAAAUGAACACACCCAUUUUGAUCAGGCCACACCCACCAAACGGGAGUGAAUGGAUUUUGCAGGGAAAUUUUGUGAUAUUUUUUGGCAAAUAUUCAUGAUUUUACUGGGGCAAUGCUGGCAUUUUGCAUGGCAAUAUGCAAUGGUUGUCCAACUUGUUGUGAAAAUAUGCAUGUUUGUUGAUGUGUGGCUUGAUGUGUGGCUUGAUUGAACCAUAUUAUGCAGGAAAUGUGCAGUAAUUGGUUGAAAUUUCAAGCCCUCUUUUCUUUCUUUUUUUCCUGGAUGGACUGGCUAUGGAACAUUGUGCACUGUUUUGAAUGUGUUGUCCAGUACCUACCCCAUCAUGUAAUGUAGCAAAUGUUGAAACGAACUGAACACAGCCCUGUAGUGUAUUCAUUUAGUCGGACACUGUUGCAAAAUGUUUCACACCAUUGCUAAACUUUUUGCGGCAGAAACGGUUUACUCCACGUAGAGUAUUGGACAAAUUCAUUUGCUAUACAGAGAGAUUUGUGAUGUAGCAACCAGUAAGUGGGAGCUGGCAACAAUCGAACCAUGGAAGAUGAUUCCCCAACCCUGAAACCCAGGCGCAUCCAGAACCAGAAUGUAGUCCAUCGACUGGAGCGGCGGCGGAUCUUCUCUGGACGGGCUGGAGCCCACUGGUACCGCGUGCGCUGCUUCCACCAGAACCUUUUCCCCAACUUCACUGUGGUCAACGUAGAGAAGCCUCCCUGCUUCCUCCGCAAGUUCUCCCCAGAUGGACGCUGCUUCAUAGCCUUCUCCUCUGACCAGACCUCCCUGGAGAUCUAUGAGUACCAGGGCUGCCAGGCGGCUGAGGAUCUGCUGCUGGGGCAGGAUGGGGAGACCCUGGCCAAUGGCAAUGACCAACGCUCCCUCAACAUCCGCGGCCGCCUCUUUGAACGCUUUUUUUCAUUACUGCACGUCACUAAUGUGGCCUCCAAUGGAGAGCACCUGAACCGAGAGUGCAGCCUAUUCACUGAUGACUGUCGCUAUGUGAUCGUGGGCUCAGCGGUCUAUGUGCCCGAGGAGCCCUCUCCACACUUCUUUGAGGUGUACCGCAACAAUGAGUCUGUGACUCCCAACCCCCGCUCUCCACUGGAGGACUACUCACUGCACAUCAUUGACCUGCACACUGGCCGGCUUUGUGACACCAGGUCCUUCAAGUGCGACAAGAUCAUCCUCUCGCACAACCAGGGACUCUACCUCUACCGUAACAUACUGGCUGUUCUUUCUGUUCAGCAGCAGACAAUCCAUGUCUUUCAGGUGACAUCAGAGGGGACGUUCCUGGACGUGCGAACCAUUGGUCGGUUCUGCUACGAAGACGACCUCCUCACUCUGUCUGCGGUGUAUACUGAGGCCCGGGCCGAGGGCCAGCCAGGCUUCUCCCGCCUCUACAAGGAGAAGACCAUCAACUCCCUGAAGCAUAGACUACUGGUCUACCUGUGGAGACGGGCUGAGCAGGACGGCAGCGCCACCGCCAAGCGACGCUUCUUCCAGUUCUUUGACCAGCUGAGACAGCUGAGGAUGUGGAAGAUGCAGCUACUAGAUGAGCACCACCUCUUCAUCAAAUAUACCAGUGAGGACGUGGUCACCCUGCGAGUCACUGACCCCUCUCAGCCCUCGUUCUUUGUAGUGUACAACAUGGUGAGCACAGAGGUGAUGGCAGUCUUUGAGAACACCUCUGACAAACUGCUGGAGCUGUUUGAGAACUUCUGUGACCUGUUCCGGAACGCCACACUCCACAGUGAAGCUGUUCAGUUCCCCUGCUCUGCCUCCAGCAACAACUUUGCACGGCAGGUCCAGAGAAGGUUCAAAGACACCAUAGUGAAUGCAAAGUAUGGCGGUCACACUGAGGCUGUGAGGAGGCUGCUGGGACAGCUGCCCAUUAGUGCUCAGUCCUACAGCAGCAGCCCCUACCUCGAUCUUUCUCUCUUCAGCUACGACGACAAGUGGGUGUCUGUGAUGGAACGGCCCAAAACAUGUGGAGACCACCCCAUCAGGUUUUAUGCUCGGGACUCUGGCUUGCUGAAGUUCAAGAUCCAGGCAGGCCUCCUGGGCCGGCCCAUUAACCAUGCCGUCCGGCGGCUGGUGGCCUUCACAUUCCACCCCUUUGAGCCGUUCGCCAUCUCAGUACAGAGGACCAACGCUGAGUAUGUGGUGAAUUUCCACAUGCGUCAUGUCUGUGUAUGAGAGGAAAGCAGUGGACUAGACCUGGAGAACUUUGCAUUGUACUGUGUAGAGCAAAAAGUAGUCACUCUGUCCUUUUUCUCCCCCUAGUGUGAGGAACAAAAUAAGACUGGACUGUGGGCGGAACCACUUGAAGUUGAAAUUGGGAGCUUGGGGAUGGGGGAUGGGGGAUGGAUUCCUUGCAGGGACCAAAGAUGUUUUUGGCUGGCUCUCAAAAUGUACUUUUUUGGUCACAUUUUAUUCUAUGUAUUUUUAUUUAGCCUUUUUACAUUUGUUUUAUAUUUCAAUAAAAUUAUUUAAAUAUUGA